ACAUGUGGUUAAAGUGAAGUUACUCGAGGAAAUUUUGUUUACAUUUGUAAUCACAAGAAGUAAUAUUGUGUUUCAUUAAUGAGGAAAAAACUGUUUUAUUUGUUUGUUAAGUGUUAUGGUCAAAUGCGACGUUACGAAGUAUUACUGUUAUAGACUUGAGAGAGAAUUACUGCUAUGAACAUCAACACCUUAGCCUUCAGCAUAUCAAGACGACCUUGGAUGGUGUCACUGACAAAUAUUUCCAAACAUAUAUCCAGUAUACAUUCAUAUAGACAUUGUGGAGAACCCACAAGUUUUACCGGUAAAUGUCAGUGGCAAAUGAAAUGCUUACGGAGACAUGUAUCUCUCAACUUCUUCAGCCCUUUCCUCGCACAACGCAAGUCAGUGUGCUUCACCUCAUGCUCCAGAAUUGCAGAUAACUCUCGAGGAAAGAUGACCACCAUAGCCCUAGACAACUUCCAACAAAGAACUUCAGAUCCCUCAUACCAGACAACUUUCACUGACUGGGAGGAUUUGGAAAACAAAUUCCUUGAAGAGAAUCCAUCCAUGAGAAAGACCUUUGAGACACUAUGCAUGAGUCAUGUUUUGAAGUCUGGCAAUAUGGAACAUGCCAAGAGUUACCUCAGUUAUAUACACAGGAAGAGAAGCAGGGCCAACCUGACUACAUUGGGCCUGUUUAUCAGUGUGUGUGGGAAGAUAUGUGGAAGGAGCGAGCAGGAUCUGCUGUACAAACUCUAUGAGGAGAUGCAGACGAUAUCGCCUCUCAGUAACACUGUCAUGUUGAGUGAUCUGGUCCAUGGCUUCUCCCACACCGAUCGGUGGAAAGAUUGUGUAGCUUGGAUUGAAAAUGCUAAAGAAUUAAAUAACCCCAAAACCUUUUUGUACAAUGAUGUGAUAAUGGCAGGGUUGAGAAAUGGGGACAUAGAUAAAGUGCAAGAGUUGUUGGAUGUUCUUGGGUGGGAAGGAGAAGCUCCAUCGGAUGUUUUAUACAGGACCUUCUUGAAGUUUUGUGAAAACACUCAUUAUGGCGUUAGUGUCUUCAAACUGUUUGAGUACAUGAGGAAGCAUCGUUGGCAGCUUAGUGAAGAUGUUGCAGAUGAGUUGAUGCAGCAUUUCCAUAGGUUUCAUGGUGGCAAGUACAAGUGCAGGAAGACAAGUGUAUCUCCCAGUGGACAUUGCAACUCAUGUGGCCUUCUGCUGGAAAAGCUUGAGCUGCCCGAUGACAAGUUUGCGUUGCUCCAGAGUGCCAUCUUGGAGAAGACUCUGCUCCUUGACAAUGCUUACCUACGGUCAUCGCCUGAGGAAAUCACAAACUUCCAACAGCUGCUGAAGAAGCAUGCUCCGUUUGAUGUUGUCAUUGAUACCCUGAGUGUUAUGCACACUGAUGGUCGUUUUAAAGUACAGUAUCUGAAAGAUGUUGUCGACUACUUUGCUGUCAAGCGAAGGGCGAAGGUUCUUCUGAUAUGUCGAAGAAGUCAUGGCAAGUUGAAGUCUCUCAUACCUUACUUACAAGCACAUGCGCAAAUAUUCUUCACAGAAAGAACCUCCAAGGACGACCCGUUUGUGUUGUAUGCAGCAGCAUACAGCGGCAAGGCCUGCCACUACGUAUCUCGCGACUUCAUGCGGGACCACAAGAGUCUGGUUGGUCCGGAGCUGAAGGAGACGUUUGAGAAAUGGCAGUGGUCACGUCAGAUAACAUGGACUGAUGGGAAGGAGUUUCUGUUCCCACACAUCAAUGAAACCAUUGUACAACAGAGUGAGAAUGGCUGGCAUGUUCCGUUUGUCAGCUCAACAGAAGAAGAUUCUAGAUCAGUCCAACUCCUGGGUGUGUGUCCGACACAGGAGUGCUCAAGGAGGAAAACAGUCAGGCAGAAAAAUAUGACACAUCAUGUUUCAUACAUGUGAUUCAGAAGAACCUGCAAAAUAUGGACAGAACCUGCAAAAUAUGGACUGCUUUCCAUGGAUGAAGACAAAGUUGUCAACUUCUUUAGUUUUGAAUGUGGCAAUCAGUGGAGGUGUCAAGCAAGUUGUCACUCAAGUCAAAUAAUAUUCACUGACAGCGAUGAGGUAGCCUUGUGCUUAAAGUGUUUGCCUAAA